UAUGGUACACUCACGCUUUAUUCACAAUCAGAGUAGCUGUUCAGUCGGUAUGGAAACUCAUGGUUUGCUCACAAUUACACUGACUAUUCAGUCGGUAUGGUAGACUCACGCUUUACUCAGAAUCAGACUGGCUGUUCAGUCGGUAUGGUAAACUCGCGCUAAUAUGGAUGACAUGGCUGUAAAGCUUGUUAAAAUUCAAAAAUUAAUAUAUCCAUGUCUUUAUCUUCUUAUAUUUACGUGAAAAAUAAUGACGAAACAACCUAUCCUCAAAGAGUGAGCGAACCCACCGGCGCUGAAUCAUUUAUUUCCGUGCGAAAAGUUUCCUUUACCUUAAACAGAGUAGAUUACGCGACGAGGAGGAUCGAUAGAUGCUAUUCACUUUUAUAGUUCUGAUUAUACCCACACUUCUACGUUGAUGGAAGGGCAAUAGCGCGGCCUUGAACUUCCGUUGAAUGAAAGGCAGACGAUUUCACGGUCAAGAGACGCUUCAACGUGUCUCGCUGAUAACGACAAUCGCAUAAAACGUUCGUUACUUUCACCGCGAACGCAAUUGUCUGGAACGAAUUGCAAACGCGACAAAAAUAAAUUCUGUGUAGUUUAUACUUAGCGCAUAAUUUCUUGUAUGGCUGACACGUGCAAUUUAUUAUUAUUUUCAAUCGGUAUCGUAGUCUUAUAAAUUGAUAUCCGUGAUCGAUAUGAAUGAUCAUUUACAGGUUUCGUUUCGUGCCGUGUGUAUAUGAUAUUUAUACACUUCAGGGGCAAGUAAAAAAUGAAACAAACAUCAAUUAGUUCUUCGAGUUCGAACUGAAAUCAAAAUCAAAAUUAAAUUUAAUUACAAAGCUCCUUGCCACGGGUUUAGAAUACCGCAGAUCCAUCACUGUCGGAGAACAACAGGAAACCGGUCAGUCAGUGCCUCGCUAGAAGGAAGAACGAAUAUUUACCUCGUGCUUCCAGUAAAUACGUGCUUUUUCUGUUAAUUCUCAGGUCGAACUAAACGUUUCGUGAGAUUACCAAACGAAAUGGGUGUUCGUAAGAAGAGUGGUAGACAAUUUCAUGUGAGACUCAACGUUUAACGUUUCCUUUUGAAUAAAUGAACGCAUGAUGUAUAGAAACCGCAAAAGAAUUGUUCUUCAAAUUUUUAAGUAUGUCGUUGGCUGUGGAUUGAUAUUUUUUAUAUUGAAAUUGACCCUACAUCGUGUUGGAGAGGAGGACAAGUUAAUACCUACGUCGGAUGAACUGGAUAAAUUAAUGGUCGAAGCAGAAAACGACAAUUUCCAGCGAUUGUUAACAGCGAAGUAUACUUGCCGAAGAUACAAUCUAGGUGCAUAUAAAGAACCUGAUACACUUGCAAGCUUUAAGCACCCACCCGCGCCACAGUAUAGCGUCUUUUAUAUAAGCAGGUCGCAUAAUCUAUCAUACUGUCCAAUUUACAAAGCCGGUAGCACAACAUGGAUUUACAAUUUAUGUCUUCUAAUGAACGUGCCCGAGGAAGAGCUGAACAGUGGAAAGGAGCAGAUAUCGACCAUCGCGAGAAGGGUAAUACCGGAACUCGAAUAUCCAGCAGCCGACAAGGCUCUAAAGGUAACGAAGAAACUCUUGGUGGUAAGGCACCCAUUUGAGAGAUUGCUGAGCGCAUAUCGCGAUAAGCUGGAAAACUCUGUGGCUGGAAGGGAACACGGGACACUUCACUUUUAUCGGAAAUAUGGCAGCAAGAUUGUUCAAAAGUACCGCGAGAGGAAUUAUACCGAACCUACGAAGGACCAGGUGAUCAGACUAGAGGGAAUUCCUUCGCCAGCUGGAAUCGAACCGACGUUCAGAGAAUUCGUUCAGUAUCUAAUUAACACCGACUUGGCCAGCUACGGAGACGAUCAUUGGAUGCCAUACUACUUAUUCUGCACGCCUUGCAUCGUCGAUUAUGACAUAAUCGCGAAGGUAGAAACAAUGUGGCGGGACCAGAUUUACACGAUCCAUAAAUUAGGCCUGCAAAAGGUAAUUAAGCCAAGAUGGCGACAUAGCGGUGGUCACUCGAGCGCAUCGAGGAUAUAUUUCAGUCAGCUGAACAAAGAUAUGGUGCAGAAAUUGUACGGAAAAUUCAAACUCGACUUCGACCUAUUCGAUUACUCGCCUGAUGAUUAUUACCAAUACGCAGCUCCUGUUUAAAAAUUAAAUUGAAACAAAAAUACGAAUUAUCGUUCCAAUAAAUAAUAAAAAAAAUUGCAUGGUACUGCAAAAGUAAGUUUCAGCGUACUAUUACUUGAUUUUUAUCCAGCCGGAUCGGUCAAGUACCCCACGGUUAGUGGUCGAGGGUCGGUGGCGAUAAAACGCGGCCGCUUUUCGUUUGCUCAUUAAUUAAUCCGACUCGAGGGGGAGCCAUCGACUUUAGGACAGAUCGUUCUGAUACAUUGCGUCAUGGCAAGUGGGUCAAUCGAUUUCGUCGGCAAAAGUUCGUCGCGUGGCGUAAUGUGAUUUAAACACCAUCAAUUAGGUUCACGUAUGUAUGCUUAUCGGCUUAACACGUUUCUUUGUUUUUGCCGUCCGUCUGUUCCAGCGAUUUUCGUGCUGAACACGUUCGACGUGACCGUAAAAAUAUAGGACGUAUACGAUUAGCAUUGUUAAGCUUCGUGAAAUAUUUCAUGCGCCAGCAGGUUAGUACUUAACUUAUCGAACGCUUGCGAUUCUCCUAUUAAGCAUCGAUCCACGUGAACAUGCUUGCAUCGAAGAGAAGUAACGCGAUCUUCGAGAGAGUUUCGAUUAUAGUCCUACAGCAGACUCGAUUGUAUCCCACAUGUUACACUACGUGUAGCGUGAAUGUUAUGCUGCAAGUAUUGUGAAUAUCGUGUAUAGUACGAUUACAUUGUGCGUAUUGCGACAGUUACAGAAGAAAAUAAAGGAAUCGUA